AUGAAUCCAUCUUCAAGGCGUCCGGCGCCGCGAUAUCCCCGCCGUCGUGAAGGCAAAGACACCCGUACGGACCGCUCGAUGUCGAACCAGCCGCUUGACCGACAGGCCCACUCGAGCUCCGUCUCGAUCCUGCCCUCGACCUCGAAUUCGAAUUCGAAUAUUGUCGCGCACGAAGAAGGGGAGCAAGCCUUCCAAGUCUGGUGGCAACCCUCGAAUGUCGAUAUGCGGACGCUUUUCUAUCGCCUCGUGCGCGCGAAUUGGCUGCUGGUGAUGGUGCCACUUGGUAUAGUUGCCGCGAUAUUGGGCUGGUCGGUGCUGGCUGUCUUCCUUGGCAACUUCUUGGCUUUGGUUGCGCUGGCGCCGUUAAUGACUGCCUUGGUUGAAAAGCUGGCGACAGUUUUCGCCGGCACGCUUGGCGGGCUCCUUAACGCAACUAUGGGCAACGCGAUGGAGAUGAUGCUGGGGAUUAUGGCUGUGGCCCGAGGACAUCCUGCGAUGGCUCGAACGAGCCUGCUCGGAAGCAUGCUAUCCUAUGCCCUUUUGGUCCUUGGCACUACCGUUUUCUUGGCUAGCUACAACAAAAAAACCCUCAAAUUCAACGGACCUCUGAUGCGUACCAUGUCUUCGAUAGUGAUGGCUGUGUCCACGACACUAGUCGUCCUCACAAUCAUGGCCGUUACAUCUCCAGACUCCGACGAAAAUAGUAACCUCCUUAUUCUUUCCCACGGUACCGCCAUCAUCCUACUCGCCGUUUUUGCGAUAUACCUCUAUUUUCAACUGAAGACCCACACAUGGUUCAUCGACACUCUCAAAGUCAAUAAUUCCACAACCGAACCCGACGAAAUCAUUGCCAGAGAGCAUCCGAGUUCCACGCUUCGCCUCCAUUCUGCGGGCAGCGUUGGGGUCAUCGCUACCCUGUGUGCCGUCGUAUGCGCCUUCUUUCUUGUGGCCAGUAUUGAAGAAACAGCCUCAGUUCUUGGCACCAGCAAAACAUUCCUUAGUUUAGUAGCCAUCCCCUUUCCCGGCUAUGCUGCGAAAGGCAUUUCAAUAAUCUCCCUUGGGCGGAGAAACCGCAUGGACUAUGUCAUCAAAUCUAUCAUCGAUCAUAUUUUGCAGAUAAUUUUGUUUGUUUUCCCUUUGUUGGUUCUGCUGGGAUGGCUCCUUGUACAGCCAUUCACGCUGAAUUUCAACAUUUUUGAGGCAACGACUUUCUUCUUAGUAAUGAUCAUCACGACUUCCAUCAUAAGGGGUGGGAGCUCGAAUUAUUUUGAUGGGAUUAUGUUGGUUGGAACGUAA